AGCAUCCCAGCAGCCCUCACCCAGCGCAUGGGAUGAGCAGAGAGAAAGAGAAAGACACAGAGGAGACGGAGAACAAGGCGUGUCACCAGAGCCCAAAACCCAAAACCUUUACUCUGUCUGUGGAGAAGCGUCAGAAGCGUGCGGAGUCAGACGUGAGCCGUCUCUCGCUCCGGUGGAGGCUGUCUGGACCCAGCUGUGAUUACAUGCAGUGGCUGCUGGUUUGAUGCAGAAUGCCUCUAGUUCAGUGUCAGCCGGCGGGCAGAAGAGGGCGCAACAGGACACAUCUUCAUCUGCUGCUCCUCUUCCUCAGUGUGCUACUAACACAUGGACACAUUAUAAUCCCUCCUGAUUACAAUAUAACAACCAUCUUUUCCCCAGUAAAACAAGCUCCAAAGAUCACAGCUCAGCCCGUGUCUCACACCGCUUUCUCUCUGGACGAUGUCAAUCUGGCCUGUGAAGCCACUGGAGACCCGGUGCCCAGUUUCCGCUGGGUCAAAGAUGGCGAAGAGUUUAGGAGGGAACUGUUUGAGUCCGGGACCCUGACAGCAGAUGAUAAAGAGGACCUCCGAUCCUAUCAGGGCUCGUACCGCUGCUACGUGGCCAACGAGCUGGGAACCGCCGUCUCAGACCUGGUGCACCUGAUCACAGAGCCCAUCCCAACCUUGGCCAAAGAGAAGAGGCAGAAAAGAAGAUCGUUUGAGGAGGGAGAAAGCACAGUGCUCUACUGUAACCCUCCCAAGAGCUCUGUCACUCCCAAAAUACACUGGAUGGACAUGCAGCUGCGCCACAUCCCUCUGAAUGAGCGGGUGACCACUAGUCUUGAUGGAAAUCUGUACUUUGCCAACUUACUAGACAGUGACAGCAGAGAAGACUACACCUGCAAUGCCUACUACAUCAACGCCAGCGUCAUCCUCCCUAAAGAGCCCAUCUCCAUCAGCGUCACACCCUCAAAUUCUGUGGUGAAGAACCGGCGGCCCCAGCUGCAGAGGCCAGCGGGGUCCCACAGCUCUUACCUGGCGCUCAGGGGCCAAACGCUGACUCUAGAGUGCAUCCCAGAAGGCCUCCCCACUCCAGAGGUGCGGUGGGAGCGGAUGGACAGCCCUCUGUCUCCGGCGCGGGUCCGGAUGCUGAACUACGAGCACUGGCUCCAGAUCGAGAGCGUGUCGGAGGGGGAUGAUGGCGAGUACACAUGCACUGCCCAAAACAGCCAGGGCUCCGUUAAACACCACUACGCCAUCACGGUCGAGGCUGCUCCAUACUGGACCAGGCGUCCUGAGGACCAGCUGUACGCCCCAGGAGAGACUGUGAGGCUGGACUGUCAGGCUGAGGGCAUUCCCACCCCGAACAUCACCUGGAGCAUCAACGGCGUUCCCAUCGCAGGGACGGACUCGGACGCCAGGCGGCAUGUGAGCUCAGGGACACUGAUCCUGACUGACGUUCAGUACAGCGAUACGGCGGUCUAUCAGUGCGAGGCCACCAAUAAACACGGCAAUAUCCUGGUCAACACACAAGUCCAUGUAGUUGAGCUGCCUCCUCAGAUCCUGACGGCAGACGGGCUCGUGUACAAGGCCACAGAAGGGCAAGCGGUUCUGCUGCGGUGCCGCACGUUUGGCUCCCCACAACCCAAAGUCGACUGGGAGAUUUUCGAGUCUGGUCCCGCUCUGGCCAAUGCUAAAAUGUCUCAGACGAGCGAUGGAAAUCUUCAGAUCAGUGACGUGAGUGAAGACGACAGCAACAUUUACACGUGCUCAGUGAGGCACAGCAACAGGAGCAUCAGUGCUGAGCUGGAGGUCUUGAACAGAACUACGAUUGUGGACCCUCCUCAGGAUCUGCGGGUUUUACGUGGAGACGAUGCUGUUCUGCAGUGCAAAUAUACAGUGGACCACAAGUUAAAACAACCCACAAUUCAGUGGAAGAAGGACAAACACAAGAUCACAUCAUCUGCUAAUGAUGACAAAUACACUGAAUACGCAGACGGCUCUCUGAAGAUCACUGACGUUCAGAUGGAGGACACAGGAUCCUACAGCUGUGAGAUCAGCACUAAACUGGACUCGGUCAGCGCCACCGGCUCCAUCACCGUACAGGAUAAGCCCGGUUCUCCUCACUCUCUGGAGUUGUCUGAAAGGAAGGAGCGUAGAGUCACGCUGUCCUGGAUGCCAGGCGCUGAAAACAACAGUCCUGUAUCUGAGUAUGUUAUUGAGAAGAAAGAGGAGCAGAAUCCAGAAAAGGGCCGCUGGGAGGAGUUCAGAAGAGUUCUUCAAGACAUCAGACACCUGGAGAUCCACCUGCAGCCUUACAGCACAUAUCACUUCCGGGUCAGAGCUGUCAAUGGCAUAGGAAUGAGCGAGCCCAGUCCUCCCUCAGACUCAUACAGCACGCCAGCAGCCAAACCUGACAUGAACCCAGAGAAUGUGACGACGGUGUCUACUGAUUCUGACAGUAUGGUCAUCACAUGGCAGGAACUGGAGCAACGACAAUUUAAUGGACCAGGUUUUAAGUACAAGAUCUACUGGCGUCAAGCUUCAGGCAGGAGUCCACACUGGAAGGAAAGCAGCGCCUCAAAUCCUCCAUUCAUCGUGAACGGCACCGGGACCUUCAUCCCCUUCGAGAUUAAAGUUCAGGCAGUCAAUGAGCUUGGUGCAGGACCAGAACCAGAUGCUGACAUCGGCUACUCGGGGGAAGACUUACCUCUGGAAGCUCCUUCAGAGGUGUCAGUGACCGAGCUGAACAAAACCGCUGUCCUGGUAAGAUGGAGUCCAGUCAGCAUGGAAUCUGUCCGCGGACACUUACUCGGCUACAAGCUGUGGUAUCUAUCUGUGCCUGGAAUUUCGAGCGCACAGCUGAUGGAAUCCAUCAACCUGCCCCUUGUUGAUGAGUUCACACUGAAGGGUCUGAAUCCUCGGAUCCAAUACCACUUCAAACUCAGAGCACUCACCACUGCUGGUGAUGGGGAGCCAAUAGAAAUGGAGGGCGCCACCUUGCUGGAUGGAGAUCCACCAUCUGCAAUCAAAAUUGAAGCUGGACAAACAUCGGUUAACGUCAGUUGGGUGCCAGGAGAAAGACAGCGCAACUUUGCCUUUAGCUUCCGUUACCUGAAAAAAAGUGUGGGUGGUGAAUGGGAAGAGUCGGAGAAGGUCAACUCCUCGCAGGCGUUCUAUCAGCUGCAGGGUCUGACGCCGGGCGUUCAGUACCACCUGCAGAUCCGGCCCGGAAACAACUCCUGGGAAUUCAAAACGGAUGGACCAGAGCUGCACGAGUUGCCCAGCAGCUUUGCGACUCAGGGCUGGUUCAUCGGACUCAUCAGCGCCAUGGUUCUGCUGCUGCUGGUGCUGCUCAUUCUGUGCUACAUCAAGAAGAGCAAGGGAGGAAAGUAUUCAGUGAAAGAUAAAGAGGAGGAUCAGGUCGAUGGAGCCCGCACAAUGAAAGAUGGAGAGUUUGGAGAGUACAAAUCUCUGGAGAGUGAUAACGAGAAGUGCUCCAUCAGUCAGCAGUCAGUCUGCGAGAGCAAACGCAGCAGCAACGACAGUCUAGCUGACUACGGAGACAGUGUCGACAUCCAGUUUAACGAGGACGGCUCCUUCAUCGGCCAGUACAGCGGACGCAAAGAUCCGAACAGUCACGGCACUCACGGCAGCUCAGGCACCACAUCUCCCGUCAAUCCCAACAUGCCUCCGCCCAGCAUCAGCUUUCCCACAUCUGUGACAGGAUUCCUGGGGCCAAACUAACACUCCACCGCCACACGCACACAUCCUUGACCAUCUGAAUGAAGGGCCCUGAUGGUAUUAGACAGGAUAUUGAUUUCAGGACAGACAGUCGUUACUAUAUGAUGCAAGAAAUGACAUCUGCAAACACCGCCAGCUUCACUCUCGCAUUAUAAUGACACACGUGCAUCCGACAGACACAAAUAAUGUGCAGGACAGUUGCUUCUAACAUUCCAUCCAAGCACUGAAAACUGUUUACAAUUUUCACUUCGCUGCUUCAAGUGAUGUUUGGAUUGUAAAUUCUCCCUCAUUGGAAGUUUUUCCAGUUCUCUCGCUGAAAUUAUGCAGAAGAAGGUGUGAUAGACAACAGACACAAGCAGGGAAAAGGCACGAAUACAACUGUUUGAGAGUGUAGGGCAGACUUGGGCCUUGUUCACGUGGCACACAAAUCUGAUUGUUUUGAAGAUGGGAUCUGUAGGAGUGACUGCCUGCACCAAUUUUAACGGUCAGUAGAACUGAGGCUGAUUCUUUAGAUGGUGUAGUCAGUAUUUCAGUCAGUACAGGCUAAGAUGCAUUUCCAGAAUUUUUUUUUAACUGUUCAGGCUAAACCAAAACAAAGCGAUUUUGCUGCCUCUCUGAACAAUGCCUUAUGUCGAAUACAUCAGCUGAAAUCACUGCAGUCAACAGAAGUCAGGUCUGAAAGGCUGAAAAGCGAAAAUCUUUUUCUAUUCAUUAUGGUUUGAAGGCAUUCUUUUCCCAUUCACGAUUACAAAACAUUACAUUUAUUUGAAGUAUUGUUUUUGAAUUAUU